AUCCUAGGAAUUUUUUUAUAUAUAUCUUUGAAAUUAAGUAAACAUAAUUUACUAUCUAUCUUAUAUACUGUCAUAAGAUUUUAAUAGAUAUUAUCACUUGGGAAUGGUAUAUAGAUCCCAAAUCUAAGAAGAUGAUAUCCCAUCUUAUUAUAUAUAUAUCAUGUGUAAAAAAAAAUAAUAAUAAUAACAAAACAGAACUUGAUUUUUAUAUUACUAUAUAUAUAUUGUAUAUAAUAUUGUAGACUUAAAGACAUCUCAGGAAGUUGAUUUGGCUUCCACGAGUUCCUUUGAUGUUUAUUAUAUAAUUAAAAGAUACAUUAAAAGCACUUUUGGGGAAAGAGAAUAUACAUUAGGAAAGACACAGAUCUAAAAAAAAAAGAAAGAAAGAAAGAAGAGGAUUGUGAGAGUAGCAGAGCAGAGGUAGCGUGAAACACCCAGUGAGAAGAAGAAAAGGAAUAAGGAGCAGAAUUCUGCAUGCAGUGAAGGUUUUGCAAGGGUACAUCGUUGGAGAAGUAGGUAAGGAAAGUCUUGAUCUUUACGGGUGUCUUCAGCAAUAGGGGAAGGGAAAAAUGGAUUAGGAAUGGAGUAUUGAGAAAUUAAAUAUCUUUUCUUUUGCAUGUUAAAUUUUUACAUAAGAAUUGAUAGCUUAUGUGUUAGCUAUUUGGGUAUGUCACAGACAAGAGGAAAAGCUCAGACAUUCAUAUUAUGAACUUUUGGAACAUAGGAAAUUGGGUAAAAGCUCUUAGUUGUGUGUUGUAUUUUUCUGGGUUCAUUUUUUUUGCGAUGCAAGUCAGUUAGGAAAAGUUUAGGAUCAUUGGAAAUUACAUUUUAGGGGUGGAAAGCCUAGUGGAAGUCUAAGUUAAAUGACUGACGUAAUCUGUAGAACAAUUUAGGAUUGGAAAUUGAUUUAAUCUUGCAGCAAUCCUUUAGAGUACUAAUUUAAUAUUUUAUUUUCACUCUAGAUUUUGCAAAUUUGGCUCAUUAGCAUCAGUGGACAACUUCUGUUUCAGCUGCUCAAGAAGUCAGUAAUCGGGCUCGUGUUGAACCAAGCACAUCCCCUAGACAACCGUCUUAGGAUCCUUCAUGAGGCCCUUCUGCUAAAGGGCUACUAGUGUUGUUGUGUCUGACCCAUGCUGUUGAGUUAAAACUUGUUUUGUAAUUGUCACUUUAACUUGUACGUUGUAUCUACGUAGUGGCUCUAAUAUGUGGUCUACUAGAACCUUUAUUAUAGAGCCUUGGUCCUGUAUAGCUUUAGGAGGCUUGUUUUGAACUUGCUGCUAUCAUUUUGUUAUUACAGGCUCUUAUAAUAUUUUGGAUAGUUUCUAUUUUAGAGGAGACUCUGCCGAAUUUUCUAUAGAAAAUUCCUUGAAGCAUAAAUAUGUCAUAUAUAGAUAUUAUAAAGUCCUUCCAUCUCUAUGCGCAAUUAGUUAAGGCUUGCUAGGUUAGGAUGAUUAACCUAUGCGCCGGUCACCAUCUAGGUUGGGUCGUGACAGUUACGAUAAUAAAUAUGAUAGCCGUCCCAACUUUAAAAAUCGUGCUCCACCGUAUGGUACUCGUGGGUAUGGACAUUCGAUGACGUGGACUCGAAAUCAAAAUGAUCGUGCCACACCUUUGGCGGUUAACUUAACCGAAGCUUUGCAUACAUGUUUGGAGGUGAACGUAAUUCGUUUUCCUCGACAACCAAAACAACCAACAGGUCACGUGGAUAAAACAAAGUGGUGUGAAUAUCACAGAAUUUCAGGACACAGUACUGAUGAUUGUUUCACUUUGAGAAAAGAAAUAGAGAAGUUUAUAAAAGCUGGAUGCAUGAAACAAUUGGAGGGGCGAAACCAUUCUGAGGAGGCAGGACCUUCCACAAAGCGUACUAAAGAUGGUAAGGAAAUUGAGAAUGAAGGUCAAAAUAGGCAGCCAGAGGGAAAAGCAAAGGGGCGAAUUCAUUCCAUUUUUGGUGGAUUUCGUGGUGGAGGAACGACCAAUUCAGCUCGAAAGAGGUACGUUCAUUAUAUUAAUGCUGUUUAUUCUAACGAUUGGGGAAGUUGGGCAAUCAACCAGCCCGAUAUUAUUUUUACUGUGCGAGAUUUUGAGGGAGUUCAACCUCACGAAGACGAUCCAAUUGUGGUAAUGCUGAGGAUUGCUGAAUAUGAAAUUGAGAGGGUGUUGUUGGAUCAAGGAAGUUCGGCGGACUUGAUUUAUGGCGAUGCUUUUGAAAAUUUGGGGUUGACCGAAUCUGAUUUGUUACCUUAUGAUGGCUCCUUGGUGGGUUUUUCUGGAGAAAAGGUAUUCGUUAGAGGCUAUGUGGAGUUAAAAACUGUCUUUGGAGAAGGGAAGAAUGCGGAGACAUUUGCUAUUAAGUUUUUGGUAGUCAAAUGUACUUCACCGUACAAUGUGCUCAUCGGGAGGCCUUCAUUGAACAGACUUGGGGCGAUCAUUUCCACAAGGCAUUUCACAGCCAAGUAUCCGUUAAGCAAGGGAGGAGUUGGAGUUUUAAAGGCUGAUCAAGUUGUAGCUAGAAAGUGCUAUUCUGAAAGCUUUAAACAGUAUGGUCAUUUGGGAAAGAAAGCUGUGAAGGAAGGACAUCGAGUGUAUGAGGUCAACAUGAAUCAAGAUGAAGCAAGUUUGGAUCCUCGUUAUGGAUUUUUAGAACACAAGAUGACUUCAGAAGAAGAAACUAAAGUUGUGGCGAUUGGCGAGAGAAAUCUGAAAGUGGGCGUAAGUCUAACAGCAAGUCAACAGGACAGGCUAACUAAACUUUUAGCUGAGAACAUGGAUUUGUUUGCAUGGAGUGCGAAAGAUCUUCCGGGAAUUGAUCCGGAAUUUAUUUGUCAUAAGUUAGCUCUAAAUCCUAGGGCAAAGCCAAUCGUUCAGUUCAAAAGGAAGAUGGGCGAAGAAAAAGCAGAAGAUGUGAAAGUGGAAACUAACAAGUUGCUAGAGGCUGGAUUUAUCAGAGAAGUGAAGUACCCAACUUGGCUAGCGAAUGUCGUUAUGGUGAAAAAUGCUAAUGGAAAGUGGAGGAUGUGUACCGAUUAUACGGAUUUGAACAAGCAUUGUCCGAAGGAUUCGUAUCCUUUGCCAAACAUUGACAAACUUGUGGAUAGGGCGUCUGGAUUUGGUAUGCUCAGCCUCAUGGAUGCAUAUUCAGGAUAUCAUCAGAUCAGAAUGUAUGGACCGAAUGAGGAGAAAAGAGCUUUCAUGACGAAUCAGGCGAACUACUGUUAUCAGACUAUGUCGUUUGGGCUCAAAAAUGCAGGUGCAACUUAUCAAAGGUUAAUGGAUAAAGUUUUUGAUAACCAAGUGGGGCGAAAAUGGAAAUUUAUGUUGAUGACAUGGUGGUUAAAUCGGAGGAAAUGUUAA